AUGCGGCACUCCGUAUCAGAAGGGCAAUUCAAGAAGGCACUCCGAUUCAAAAGGGCAGUUCAAGAAGGCACUCCGACUCAGAAAGACAGUUCAAGCCGGGACUCCGAAUCAGAAAGACAGUUCAAGGCGGCACUCCAAAUCAGAAAGACAGUUCAAGGAGGCACUCAGAUUCAAAAGUGCAGUUCAAAGCGGCACUCCGAAUCAGAAGGCCAAUCAAGGCGGCACUCCAAAUCAGAAGGGCAGUUCAAGCCGGCACUCAGAAUCAGAAAGGCAAUUCAAGGCGGCACUCCGAAUCAGAAAGACAGUUCAAGGCGGCACUCCAAAUCAGAAAGACAGUUCAAGGCGGCACUCAGAUUCAAAAGUGCAGUUCAAAGCGGCACUCCGAAUCAGAAGGACAAUUCAAGGAAGACAGUUCAAGGCGGCACUCCGAAUCAGGAAGACAGUUCAAGGCGGUACUCCGAAUCAGGAAGACAGUUCAAGGCGGCACUUCGAAUCAGAAAGACAGUUCAAGGCGGCACUCCGAAUCAGGAAGACACUUCAAGGCGGCACUCCGAAUCAGGAAGACAGUUCAAGGCGGCACUUCGAAUCAGAAAGGCAGUUCAAGGUGGCACUCCGAUUCAGAAUGGCAGUUCAAGGCGGCACUCCGAAAUUGAAAGACAGUUCAAGGCGGCACUCCGAAUAAGGAAGACAGUUCAAGGCGGCACUCCGAAUAAGAAAGACAGUUCAAGGCGGCACUCCGAAUCAGGAAGACAGUUCAAGGCGGCACUCCGAAUCAGGAAGACAGUUCAAGGCGGCACUCCGAAUCAGAAAGACAGUUCAAGGCGGCAUUCUAAAUCAGAAGGGCAGUUCAAGGCGGCACUCCGAAUCAGGAAGACAGUUCAAGGCGGCACUCCGAAUCAGGAAGACAGUUCAAGGCGGCACUCCGAAUCAGAAAGACAGUUCAAGGCGGCACUCCGAAUCAGAAAGACAGUUCAAGGCGGCACUCCGAAUCAGGAAGACAGUUCAAGGCGGCACUCCGAAUCAGGAAGACAGUUCAAGGCGGCACUCCGAAUCAGGAAGACAGUUCAAGGCGGCACUCCGAAUCAGAAAGACAGUUCAAGGCGGCACUACGAAUCAGAAGGGCAGUUCAAAGCGGCACUCCGAAUCAGAAAGACAGUUCAAGCCGGCACACCGAAUCAGAAAAACAGUUCAAGCCGGAACUCAGAAUCAGAAGGGCAGUUCAAGGCGGCACUCAGAAUCAGAAGGGCAGUUCAAGGCGGCACUCACAAUCAGAGAGACAGUUCAAGCCGGCACUCCGAAUCAGAAAGACAGUUCAAGCCGGCACUCAGAAUCAGAAAUACAAUAAAAGGCGGCACUCCGAAUCAGAAAGACAAUUCAAGGCGGCAUUCCAAAUCAGAAAGACAGUUCAAGCCGGAACUCAGAAUCAGAAAGACAGUUCAAGCCGGCACUCAGAAUCAGAAGGGCAGUUCAAGGCGGCACUCACAAUCAGAAAGACAGUUCAAGCCGGCACUCCGAAUCAGAAAAACAGUUCAAGCCGGAACUCAGAAUCAGAAAGACAGUUCAAGCCGGCACUCCGAAUCAGAAAAACAGUUCAAGCCGGAACUCAGAAUCAGAAAGACAGUUCAAGCCGGCACUCAGAAUCAGAAGGGCAGUUCAAGGCGGCACUCACAAUCAGAGAGACAGUUCAAGCCGGCACUCCGAAUCAGAAAGACAGUUCAAGCCGGAACUCAGAAUCAGAAAGACAGUUCAAGACGGCACUCAGAAUCAGAAAGACAAUAA